AUAAUACAUCAAUCAGUCAAAUUUGUUUUUCAAGAGCCAACGGGUGCAUUAUCAAUAUGGCUAAAAUAAUUUUAGGGGUGUUUAUUUGCCUCAUAUCUUUAUUCCAUGUCUCACAUCAAUCCAUAUUAUAUACACAGUACACACCAACAAUUGGUCAACAUGUCGGUAAAAUAUUGGAGAGAGUUGCCAGAUUUAUAGAACUACUGUUCUAUUCAGCAAGUAACGAUGAUAUUGUAACUCUUUCAGAAGAAUCAUAUUUCUGCAAGUUAAUGAACAGCAUGGAUGCCACGUUCAAUGAUAUAUUAAUAAGCGCCUCUCUGAGUGAAGACGUGGCACCUACGGACACAGCAAGUGAAAGUAAUUCUCCGAAAAAUUCAGAUUACUCGAAUGGUGAAAUAGAAAUUAUAGAAAUUAAAAAAGGGUCAGGACUCGAAACACAAGAUACUUCAGCUCAAACUAUUAGCGAUAGUCCAAAUAGUCGUGUCAUUUAUUUGCCCAAUAAUUAAAAUGGUGUUUUAAUACUGCCUGGUUUUGCCAGUGGCAUCAUUGUGGAAUUUUUACAAAACAUAAAAUUGUGAAAUAAUUUUCGAGAAAUAAAUGUCUAUUAAAUUCGUAGUCAAUAACUAUUGAAAACA